GAUCGGUCGCGUUGUUGUCGUCCGCCGUACGUGUGCGUGUGUGUGCGUGGGUGCGCCCGCCAGUUUUCGUGUGAUAAUAAUGACGCGCGAUCGGUACGUCGUCGCGGCCACAUCGGCGGUACGCGUGUGCGUGGUACGCGGUACGACCGGGUCGGCUAGUCGGCCGACAAACGCGACCGCGUGAACAACGAUCGCGUGUGCGAACCGUCGGCGUAACGUGUCUCGAUUUGCCGGGCGCCGGACGGCUGGUCGUCAUGGGCAAGGACCACGACCUGGUGAUUGCGGCCAAGACGGGCAAUCUUAAUGCCGUGGAGAAGAUACUCGUGCAGAAGGCCAAGAGAACGGGUCCGCUGGCCAGUUUGAGAAGAGGUGCUGGUGUAAAUACUCAAGACCAAACUGGCUUUACUGCAUUGCAUCACGCUUCAUUAAAUGCAUACAAGGAAAUCGUUCAACUUCUCCUAUGCAACGAAGCGUCAACCAAUGUAGUUGAUCACAAAGGUGCUGCUCCACUACAUUACGCGGCAUGGAGGGGCAACGUAGAAAUUGUUCGCUUGUUGCUUUGCCACGGGCCGUCAAUACCUAAUGUCAACCAUAUGACAAAAAACCGAGAAACUCCAUUGCACUGUGCUGCCGAACACGGUCAUUCGGGUGCGGUCUCGCUUCUCCUAGAACAUGGUGCUGAUCCUACUAUAAGAAACCACAAACACGAAACUCCUUUAGACUUAUGCGCACAAUACGGAAGACUGGAGACGGUGAAGUUGAUUAUUUCUGAACGACCUGAACUGAUAAGAUCGUACAAUUCUCGUGCUGCAGGCGUAAUGUUUGCUCAUACUCCCUUACAUUUAGCAAGCCGAAAUGGCCACAAGGCUGUAGUAGAGUUGUUACUGUCGGCUGGAAUGGAUGUUAAUGUUCGUACCGGUAGCGGUACUGCUCUUCACGAAGCUGCUCAAUGUGGCAAGACUGAAGUAGCUAGAACACUAUUAGAUCACGGUAUUAACACUCACAUAAGAGACAUUUAUAGACGUACAGUAGAAGAUCUGUUAAAACAAUUUCCACCUAAAGCUGGUCCUGCUGUAGAAAUAACAGCUAUGCUACAAAACCACCAAUUUAAUAAUAACAAUGAAAGUGAUAUGGAAACUGAAAGGAGAAGUGAAAACGGGGAUUCUGUACCCGUACCUCCGCUGAGUAGUCCUUAUGAACACAUGUUGUCACCUAGUCCUUCUCCAACUCGCUGGGAGAAACACAAAAGCCGUCGCGUUUCGGAAUCUUCAGCAUUUUCCGAUGGACAUUACCAUUCUAACCGUUGGUACAAAAAUGAACCUACUCCGCUUUCCAGGUCCUUAAUAGAAUCCAGUUUUCUUUCCGGUCCUGAGUUGGACACUGUAAGUAUAAGUUCGUCAACAACUUCUAGCGGUCAUAGGCCUGUGUCUUCCUCUUUUUAUUUACCAAUGGCACCACUAAAUCCGACUGCAUCAAAUAUUUCCCCUGUGGCAUCUAAAAGACUGACACCUGCAGCCGAUUCCCCUUCACGUGUGUCUGCUAACCAUACUAGUGGACCUUAUGAGUAUUUGUACCUAGCUACUUCUGGCUCACCUUCGUCCGAUCAAAAUCGACGGGUAGAAGUAUUACGCCGUGGAAAGUCGGCCGAUCAAUAUAUUGAAAUGAAACUGAGACCCACGUCGGGCGAAGAACCCGUAGCGUUAACUUCAAUCUACCAAAAUGUUCCAAUACGCACAACAAAUCCUCGACGAAAACUUAAACGUCACGACAAAGAUCCGGGUGCAAUAUUAGCUCGGGGUGAUUUACAAUUCAAACGUGUUGAGCUUGAACCUGCCACAACCAACCAAGUUAUAGUUUCUGACCAAAAUGGAUUCAUCACUACCACCAUCUCGUCUUCCCGAGAAAGUUUACUUGAUGGUGACGAAACACCUUCAGCAGAUUGGCCCUUGAGUCCUACACAUUAUCAUCAACCCCCUACUCCAGAUCACCCACCACCAUCACCAUUUCAAGCUGAACGUAGCAUUCAUGCUAGAAUACGACCACUUAGUCAAAUUUACAGUAACCUAAAGAGAAAAUCUAAAGAUAUGGAAACUGAAAUUGAAGAAGAUUUAUUAGUUAUAACUUGGGUGCCUGAGUCUCAUGUAUUAUCAAAUGAUAAAAGUGUCUCAACGACUGAAGAAAUUCCCGUAGAAGAAUUUGUGGGGGAUGCGACUUUUGCAGGCUUACUUAAAGGAUCUAUAAACAGUAAUCGAGCAGAAAGGCCAAAAACCUUGCGUAAAUUGCGUACAGUUUAUGAUCCUCCAAUCACAACUCAAUCUCCUGGCUCUGCAGAAGAUCAGUCGAAAAGUUCUAAUACAAUGUUAAGUCCGUUUGAUGAACAAGAGGAAUGGGCAAAGAUAUCCGACUUGAUCACCAAUCUAGGAGGUGGAAAUGCCAAAGAAUCUAUGUGUAAUGAACUUGAGAAAGAAUUUCAAGCAAGGCUAGGGUUAAGUAGGUCAGAUAGUAAAGAAAAUUCGCGAAAAAAUGGCAGUGAUGGUCAUGAUACAGUUCAAUCGUGGUUAUUUGGAUUAGGUUUCCAAGAAUUUGUUAGUUCAUUUAUUGAAUUCGGCUAUGAUAAUUUAGAUUUUGUUAAUGGAGUACUUAUAGAAUCAGAUUUAAAAGAAAUGGGUAUUGAAAACGAAAAUGAUCGAACAAAGAUUUUAGAAUCUAGUAAUGAUUUACCGUUCUUGGUGAAAGAGUUCUGGUCCAAACGUUACACCAAAGACGCGUCUAAAGCAAAAAGCAAAUCUAUUGCUGAUCUAGAUCAAGUUGAUGAUGAAGAAGAUGCAAAACAGAUGGAAGAAUGGUUAAAAAGCAUUGGUCUGUCUUGUUAUAUAGACACAUUUCGUAAACAUCUGUACACUGACCUUGAACGAAUCGCGCGAAUUUGGGAAGUGGAACUUACUGCAGUGUUAGAAAUUACUAAGCCUGGCCAUAGAAGAAGGAUACUUUCAUCCGUCGAUAACAGUAAGUCUCAAUUACUUCAAGCUGUUUCGGUUGGUGAUGGUUUGAACGAUAUUGGCAACGAUCUUAAAGAAUUGAAAAACAACAUUCAAAGUCUCAAAGACAAAGUAAAUUCCAAACACUCCGUUCACGUAGCUUCCGGGACCGCGACGCUCCGUCACAACCCAAAAAAGUCAAGACACGCUCCUCUUCCACCGCCGCUUCAAAAUUCUUCCAACCGAAGUAACAGUGACCUCGUCAUCAGAGGCCCAUCGGAGUUACUGUUCGGCGUUCCCUCCACAUUGAUCACCCAAUGGAGACAUCAGCCGGCCGCAUUGGUUGCCGGUAAUAUCAAGUACAUUGCCUCAUAUUUGGGCUCCACCGAGGUAAAAGAGCCCCGGGGCACUGAGUCGACUAAGCAGUCCAUUCAAAAACUCAAACUAGCCGUGGCCAGUGGCGCUCAACGGACGUUGCCUGAGGUGGCGCUCGUCAUAUCGUACCGGGGAGUAAGGUUCAUGGACCCAGUUUCGGACAGUUUGGUAUGCGAACACGAAAUUCGCAACAUAGACUGCGCGUGUCAGGACGCGGACGAUCUGAACCAUUUCGCGUACAUCACGAAAGACCAUCUCACCAGCUCGCACUACAGCCACGUGUUUAGCGUGUCUUCCAUGGAUCAAGCCACUGAAAUAAUACUUACGUUGGGUCAAGCGUUUGAGGUCGCCUACCAAAUGGCUCUCAAAAGUCAGACGAGUGCGUGUAAUCGAAACGGUAAUAACGGUCAUACGAGAUCGCAUUCGGCCACUAACCACGUGUUGCCGAAUGUCGUCGCGGGCACUCGUGAUGGACGGUCCGGUUCCCAUCAACACGCUAGAUCUCAUUCCGUCAACGAGAUUAUAGUGAACGGUAUUCUUCAAAAAGGCGAGUCGAACGAAAAAUCUUAAUAUUUUCUGUGAGGAUUCGAACACCAACUAUCUUCCUUUACAAAUUAGAUUACCGUAAUAUAACAUAUCCUAAUGUGUGAAUACGCAUCCAAAUCUCUAUAUAUCCGUCUUUUGGGCCACCACCACCACCAUCUCUAUUAUAGCAUUUGAGUUGUUGGACGUUGUUUGUUCGCUUUUUUAAUGUAUUUUAUCGUAGACAAAUAUUUAUUAGAUGUAUAACUUCUAUUUACGAUUAGCUGAUUUUGGAAUAUGACACGUUAAUAUUAUAUUAUUAAUUAUUAUAUGUACAUGACCGUUGCUUAUUUUUAACAUGUAUGUAAAUCCAUAUGUCACUGAAAUUAAUUUUGUUAACCGGUUGUGAACAUGUGUGCCAUUCUACAAUCAUUGUUGUGAAUUUUAACCCCCAAAGAUUAAAAACCAAAUAUACUUACAUGUUUUACGUUAAA